GGGGGGGGUGUGUGUGCAAAUCGGGAUCUUUAGAGAUACUUAAGCUCGGAGUGGAGAAGGCCCUGCGCUGUUUUGGCUCAGGCUUGGUUGGGUCGCUGGGCCGAGCCUUGCAGAGAGCCCUUCCAGCCUAAGCGAUGCGGUGGUGGUGGUAAGGCGAAAGUGCGUCCUGGUGCUUGGCGUUCCGCACCUGUGUGGGGCGUCCCGUUGAGCUCCGUACUCGCGUGGUGCCCCGGUCGGACUCUUACUUCUGCGGCCGUCGUUGAAGUAACUUUGCAGAACUGGUUGCUCAUCUGUUAGUAAAAUGGGCGGUAGAACAUGAAGACGCCUAAACUUGGAAGAUCUGCUUUUGAGUAACUUCAGAAGCAACAGCUCGGGCGGGUUGCCAAAACCAGUAAUUUCAGCUGUGUCUGCAGCCUGUGGGUACAUGAACCAGCACUUCUUAUGGCAGCUCAGUGACUUUUCCUUUGCCAGUGUGGUUUUUGAGAUUGAAAAAAUCCCCUGCUGGCUCACCUAUGUGUAAGGUGGGGUUUGUACCGGUAUAGUUAAAUUGGGCACCACGACCAGCGUCUCUGUUUUGCUUGCUUCCUCCCCUCACGUGUAUUUCCUCGUUCCAGUCAAAUAUUUUAGCAUGGCCUGUAGAUUCACAAUGUAGAUGGGAAAUGUUGUUUGUGCGGGUAUAUUUUCAUUUCAGACGGUAAAAUAAUAAGUUACUGCCUUUGUUUCUGCGUCCCACAGAACUUGUAGCCUCAGGUGGGAGUAUGAGCGAGUUCCGCAUUCACCACGAUGUCAACGAGUUGCUCAGCCUGCUGCGUGUUCAUGGCGGGGAAGGAGCCGAAGUCUACAUCGAUCUUCUGCAGAAGAAUCGAACGCCUUACGUUACUACCACUGUCUCUGCCCACAGCGCGAAGGUAAAAAUAGCAGAGUUUUCUCGAACUCCUGAAGAUUUUUUAAAGAAGUACGAUGAGCUGAAGUCUAAAAACACAAGACAUCUAGAUUCUUUAGUUUAUCUACUGUCAAAACUCACAGAAGACAAAGAGACGCUCCAGUAUUUGCAGCAAAAUGCUAAAGAAAGGGCAGAGCUUGCAGCAACUGCAGCAACCAGUGGCAGCACAAAUUUUUCUAUUCCCUCGUCUACUUCUAAGAUAUCUCUACAGGAGCUCGAGGAGCUCCGCAAGCAGUUGGGCAGCGUCACAGCCAACUCCAGUGUGCAGCAGCCUCUUGAGCUUACACGAAAAAUCCUCCGAGAUAAGCAGAACAAGAAGAAUUUUGGUCAUCCCAUUCCAGUAUUUCCAUCCUGGGUGUAUGAGAGACCUGCGCUUAUUGGUGAUUUCUUAAUUGGCACCAGUUUAAGCACUGACACAACGGUACCUAUAGGUACUUUGCCACUAGCCUCCCAAGAAUCCGUGAUUGUGGAGGACUUGCUGUAUGUUCUGAUUGGCGUGGAUGGAAGAUACAUCACAGCACAGGCUCUUGUAGGCAGGCAGAACCGAGUGUUUUCAGUUGAUCCAAACUUGGACUUGUCCAUCAAAGAGCUGGUGACCAGGAUUCUUCCUGUAGCAGCAAGUUACUCUGCUGUCACCAGGUUUAUAGAGGAGAAGUCUUCCUUCGAGUAUGGACAGGUAAAUCACGCUCUGGCUGCUGCUAUGCGGACUCUAAUCAAGGAAUACAUGAUACUAAUAACCCAGCUGGAACAUCUUCAGAGACAAGGACUUCUGUCACUGCAGAAACUCUGGUUUUAUAUCCAGCCCACAAUGAGGACCCUGGAGAUUCUUGCUUCGCUUGCUACUUCUGUGGAUAAAGGUGAGUGCAUGGGAGGAUCAACCCUGAGCUUACUCCACGACAAGACUUUCAAUUACACGGGGGACAGCCAGGCCCAGGAGCUGUGCCUGUAUUUAACCAAGGCGGCCAGCGUGCCUUAUUUUGAAAUUCUGGAAAAGUGGAUAUAUCGAGGCAUCAUUAAUGAUCCAUACAGUGAGUUCAUGGUGGAGGAACAUGAGCUGCAGAAGGAGAAGAUUCAGGAAGACUAUAAUGACAAGUAUUGGGAUCAAAGAUAUACUGUUGUUCAGCAACAGAUUCCCUCAUUCUUGCAGAAAAUGGCUGACAAAAUACUAAGCACAGGGAAAUAUUUAAAUGUUGUGCGAGAAUGUGGACGUGAUGUUACCUGCCCUGUGGCUAAAGAGGUCAUCUAUACCUUAAAAGAGCGAGCAUAUGUGGAACAAAUAGAAAAAGCAUAUAACUAUGCUAGCAAAGUUCUUCUGGAUUUCCUAAUGGAGGAGAAAGAGCUGGUGGCUCACCUAAGGUCUAUAAAACACUAUUUUCUGAUGGAUCAAGGGGACUUUUUUGUUCACUUCAUGGAUCUCACAGAAGAGGAACUUAAGAAGCCUGUAGAUGACAUCAUAACUACGAGGCUAGAGGCUCUGCUUGAAUUAGCCCUGCGAAUGAGCACAGCCAACACAGAUCCUUUCAAGGAUGAUUUAAAGAUUGACUUGAUGCCCCAUGACCUCAUUACACAGCUCUUAAGAGUAUUGGCCAUAGAAACGAAGCAGGAGAAGGCCAUUAUCAGUGCAGAUCCCACAGAGCUCACUCUCAGCGGUCUGGAAGCAUUUUCCUUUGACUACAUUGUUAAGUGGCCUCUGUCCCUUAUUAUAAACAGGAAAGCAUUGACAAGAUACCAGAUGCUUUUCAGACACAUGUUCUAUUGCAAACAUGUGGAAAGACAGUUGUGCAAUGUUUGGAUCAGCAAUAAGACGGCCAAGCAAUUCUCCCUGCAUUCAGCUAAGUGGUUUGCUGGCGCUUUCACACUGCGGCAGCGGAUGCUGAAUUUUGUACAGAAUAUCCAGUAUUACAUGAUGUUUGAAGUGAUGGAGCCAACAUGGCACAUUCUUGAGAAGAACCUGAAGUUGGCAUCUAAUAUUGACGAUGUUCUGAGCCAUCACACAAGCUUCCUGGAUAACUGCUUGAAGGACUGCAUGCUAACCAACCCAGAGCUGCUGAAGAUCUUCUCCAAGCUGAUGUCUGUCUGUGUCAUGUUCACAAACUGCAUGCAGAGGUUCACCCAGAGCAUGAAGCUGGAUAACGAGAUGGACCGGCUCACCUUAGAGCAUGGCACAAUGCUGGGCCCGCCAACAGAGGAGGAGCGUGCUGAAGAGACUGCGAAGAAGAAGCUGACUAGUAAGCUUUUAGCAGAGCAUGCUGACAACCUCCACCUGACAUCUGGCUUCGAAGCAACGAUCAACAAGUUUGAUAGCAAUUUCUCAACACAUCUGCUCGACCUGUUGGACAAACUGAGCGUUUACAGCACCAAUGACUGUGAGCACAGCAUGCUCAACAUCAUCUACAGGAGCAAAACAGAAAUAACUGCAACUGUGAAGUUUGCUGCUGGGAGCAGAUUUUAGUGUUUGUGGCUGGAAUAUGUUUUUCAAGAGUUAAGCGCACAUGAAGCCUAGCAGCCUGCAGAUUGCAAACGUUCAGCUGAGGCAUGCAUACAACCACAGAAUAAGAAGGCAAGCGAGGUUCAGGAGCUGACAUCUCUUAAUUCAAAGAGUCACCUUGGCGGAAGUCACAUGUAAGAGCUGCUGGUCGCCAGCUGCCUCACACCUGGCAAAGACUGUAACACUUCAAAAAUGCUGCUUGCGGACCGUUGGGCACAUCCAAAAAACAAUUCAUUUUUACAGUGACUUACUUCUUCCAGUGAAGAGGCAGGAUAUGUAUUGCAUGUAGACAUAAUUAAAAGAGGCUAGGAUUUUCGUGAAUAUAAAAUAUUUCAACACCAACACUUUUUUAAGCGUUUGCUCUAUGUCUGUAAGCCCAAUAGACACACUUUCACUGUUAUGGCGCAUGUGAGCCUAGAACACUUGAGGCUUACCUUAAUUGUCGUUGCUGUCGGCUAGGGCACGGAAAACAAAGCCAUCCUAAAUAUCCGUUAGUUUCUUCAUACUGUCUGUAAGCUGGCGUGUAGCCUUAUUUUCAUGUGUAAGCAAUUGUAAACAGCUCUUACAAGACUAGCCAGAAGUUAAGGUCAUUUUAAAAUGUUGAUUGUUUCCUUUCAUCUUUUUCUGAGGAAAGCCCUUGGUUUACCAAGGAGUACUCACUAAUUUUAAGAAUGUUUUUCAUCUAAAGUUGCAAUGCUUUUUAAUGGUAGAGAUGCUAGAAUCAGUUGUUGGUGAUAUGUAAUUUUGUUCAUAAACGUGCCUGAUAGCUGGUUAAUGACAUACAUUUUCUUUCUUCCCUUGGUGCUGUAGGGAUUCGUGCCCCAACCCCUUUGAUAUUUAGUACAGAACAGUAGAUCCUUACUGAGUUCUUUUUAACCUCAUGUGACUAAAGAGUACUUUGAGCUGUCUCCUAACUGUGCUUUGUCCUCUGUUUUGUUUUAAGUGUAGUCUUAUUGCUCCUCUGCUUCGUUUGGUCUUUAUGAACUGUACUUUUCGUUGGUCAAUUCUCAUCCUUUAACUUAAUCUUCAGGAAAACCAUAAGGAUGUUAACCUGCAACCGUUAAGUUCUGUUUGCUGCCCUUCUGUACCAGAUGUCUUUUAUGGCUGGCUGAUAACCCUUACACCCUGAAAACAGAGAGAGAAAAAGUUUCUGGAAUGUUUUUUUUGAAGCAGGUUCUUGUCUCCUCCUCAUGUUGUGUCUCUUGAAGCUUUCAUUGUCCUUUUCUAACAGCAUCUGACAGGGCUGUCCAGGAUUCCUGGUACCAACCUUUGCAAACACUGUUUUGUGAAGUAUUCCAGCAGGAGACUGGGCUUCCAGUUGUCCUUUACUUCUGAGAACUUCUUGACCAUACAUUACACAGCCCCUGGCCUCCUGCUGCUCUAUCUGAGAUGUGGUCACACAGCUGAGACCAAGGUUGAACCUGUCAUCCCUGUUACCAGGGGUCCUUCCAGGAGCGGAGUCUAGCCCACCAGCUCCCUUAGCACUGUAGAGCAUUACGUGUCUUGCCUUCCUUGUAGGAUUGUGUUCUUCAUGUGAGGAGGGCAGGGAUACUCAUAGGCAUCUGAAAGGAAAUGCAGUGCCACAGAACUGCUUGCUGCUCUGACCUCUCCUGCUUCCAUUCCCUCUCAGGGUAGGAGCUAAUCUUCCUGCCACCAGAACUGCCCUCGUUGGUUGAUACUCAGUCCCUGAAAUGGGAAGGUAGGUGAGGACCCCUUCUCCACAGUCCUAACAUCUCUGAUUCACUCCAUCUCUAAAGUGACCAGAGUCUGAGGUCUCCUCAUCUUGGAAAUUCUUCCAAGACUUUUUUUGUGGCUGUGAGUGGAGGCCCCAACUGUACAAGUGAUGGCUGUUCCUUUCAGGACUAACCAGGACAGCUAAGCCUCUGCAAAACCUUUUAGAAAAUGAUGGUGCAGCAUACCAAGGCCUUCUGGACAUUUUAUAUCAACCUUGAUCUGCCUGGGCAUCACUAUUUACCAUCAUUGGACUGUUGUAGAUUGCAGGCAGGAUCCACCUGUAGAAAAAUUGUCAGGCCAAAGGGAUUAAGCUCUUACACUCCCCUUGCUGCCAUCACUCCUAGGUGUCACAGGAGCAUACAGAGUCAGGCUAGAUUCAGGGAUCGAGACCAGAAGCAGUUGAGUCAUCCAGGCUCAUCUACUCCUCCUCAGUGCUCCAGCCCUGCCUCUUUCUUUAUCAAGCGCUUCCAUUUUUAUCAUUACCAGUACAAGUUCUAACAGACGGGCUUUUUUAUGAUGCUUCAUCCAGGAGAUCUUAAUGGCAACUAACUCCAUGAUCCAGCCUUGGACAUCAUUGCAGGUGGCACAGGGCAUGGCCAACUGUGGUGGGCCGGCCCUGGCUAGAGGCCAGGUGCCCCCCAAAGCCGCUCUCUCACCCCCCUCCUCAGCUGGGCAGGGGAGAGAAAAUAGAACGAGAGGCUCGUGGGUCCAGAUAAGGACAGGGACAGAGCGUUCACUAAGUACCGUCACGGGCAAAACAGACUCAACUUAGAGAAAAUUAAUCUCAUUUCUUACCAAGAAAACAGAGUGGAGCAAGGAGAAAGAAACCCAAAUCUUAAAACCCCUCUCCCCACCCCUCCCUUCUCCCCAGGCCCAACUUCACCCCCCAUUUCUCUCCCUCCUCCCCCAGCGGCACAGGGGGACGGGGAAUGGGGCUUGUGGUCAGUUCAUCACACGCUGUCUCUGCCGCUCCUUCCUCCUCAGGGGGAGGACUCCUCACACUCUGCCCCUGCUCCAGCCUGGGGGCCCUCCCACGGCAGACAGUCCUCCACCAACUUCUCCAGCGUGAGUCCUUCCCACGGGCUGCAGUUCUUCAUGACCUUCUCCAGCGUGGGUCCCUCCCACGGGGUGCAGACCUUCAGGAGCAGACUGCUCCAGCACAGGCUUCCCACGAGGUCACAGCCUCCUCUGGGUGCAUCCACCUGCUCCAGAGUGGGGUUCCCCAUGGGCUGCAGGGGGAAUCCCUGCUCCCCAUCAUCCUCCACGGGCUGCAGGGGGAAUCUCUGCUCCACCAUCAUCCUCCGUGGGCUGAAGGGGGGACAGCCUGCCUCACCAUGAUCUUUACCACGGGCUGCAGGGGGAUCUCUGCUCCAGCGCCUGGAGCACCUCCUGCCCCUCCUUCUGCACUGACCUGGGUGUCUGCAGAGUUUCUCACAUCUUCUCACUCCUCCCUCUGGCUGCAAAAGCUCCUGCUCCAUUUUUUUCCUUCUUAAACCUUAUCCCAGAGGUGCUACCACUGUCACUGGUGUCCUCGGCCUUGGCCAGUGGUGGGUCCCUCUUGGAGCCAGCUUGCAUUGGCUCUGUCGGACACAGGGGAAGCUUCUAGCAGCUUCUCGCAGAAGCCACCCCUGUCGCCCCCCUCGGUACCAAACCCUUGCCAUGUAAACCUAAAACACCAACACAGUGU